AUGUCUAAUUUAAUUCAUAAAUUUACUGAAAAAGUCGGAGGGUCAUUAGAUGACGAUAAUCAAGAGAAACAACGUCAAAGGACACAAGCUCAAGCAGGUGCACAAAUGCAAUCACAUGCUGGUAUGCAAGGUGGACAUAGAAUGACUCAGCCAAGGAGGUUCCAAACUGGAGAAAAUUUAGAAAGAGAAGAAGAUAUGGGUCGUGAUCAGUACGAUCUAGGACGUACAUCAGGUGGAAUGAACGAUACAUACAUGGGUUCUGGUGGCAUGAAACAUCAUGGACAACAUCAUCAACAUCAUCAACACAUGAAUGACCAAGAUGAGUCCGCCUGUGCUGGUAGAGGGUUCAAAAAUGACUGGAAAACAGCAGAAAAUAUGAAAACAGCAGGUUAUAAUCCAACUGAAAGAGACUUGUAA